AUGGCCAAGUCCAAGAACCACACGGCGCACAACCAGUCCAAGAAGAACCACCGUCACGGCAUCAAGAAGCCCGUGCAGCACAAGUACAUCAGCACCAAGGGCAUGGACCCCAAGUUCCUGCGCAACCAGCGCCAUGCCAAGAAGCACAACAACAAGAACAAGGAGUAG